CUGUGUUCCCGUAGAUGCGGAAGUAGUGUUUCACAACCAUCAGCAGGGCCCCGGCGUGACAUUCACCGGGCUGAGAGAGUCGGGGGUUGUGUAAACGGAGGACUACGACCACCCUGUGCCCGACCAAGCAGUCUCCAAAAUGAGAUUACUAAAAGCCGGUUUGUCGUUGGCAAAAACGCAUGUUUUGGCACCGGGAAGUGUCACUCUGAAAAAGGUGCUGAUCAACAGUUGUCGGACAUGCUCCUCCGGUGUCUUUCCCAACGAGAGGAUCCGAAACAUCGGGAUCUCAGCGCACAUCGACUCCGGGAAGACCACCCUGACCGAGCGUGUCCUCUAUUACACCGGCAAGAUAGCUGAGAUUCACGAGGUGAAAGGGAAGGACGGUGUCGGAGCCACCAUGGACUCUAUGGAGCUGGAGAGACAGAGAGGCAUCACCAUCCAGUCAGCUGCUACAUACACAGUGUGGAAGAAUCACAACGUCAACAUCAUUGACACACCAGGUCACGUGGACUUUACCAUCGAAGUUGAGCGAGCGCUGCGAGUGUUGGACGGAGCAGUGCUGGUUCUGUGUGCGGUGGGAGGAGUCCAGUGUCAGACCCUGACGGUGAACCGGCAGAUGAAACGCUACAACGUCCCCUUCCUCACCUUUAUCAACAAACUGGACCGCAUGGGCGCCAACCCCAGCCGAGCCCUGCAGCAGAUGAGAACCAAACUAAACCACAAUGCGGCAUUUGUGAGCAUUCCCAUCGGCCUGGAGGGGAACAUGCGCGGCAUCAUUGACCUUGUAGAGGAAAGGAGCUUGUAUUUUGAAGGACCUUUUGGUCAAAAUAUCCGCUAUGAUGAGAUCCCGGCAGAUUUCCGCGCUGAAGCUGCAGACCGGAGGCAGGAGCUGGUGGAGUGUGUGGCUAACGCUGAUGAGAUCUUGGGAGAGAUGUUCUUGGAGGAAAAGAUUCCAACCAAUGACGACCUGAAGGCUGCAAUCCGCAGAGCCACUGUGCAGCGUCUCUUCUCUCCAGUGUUGGUGGGCACAGCGCUGAAGAACAAAGGCGUCCAGCCUCUCCUGGACGCUGUCAUAGAUUACCUGCCAAACCCCACGGAAGUGAAAAACUAUGCUAUCCACAAUGACGAAGAUUCCAGUACAACAUCAAAGAUUGAAAUGGAUCCGACAAGAGACGCCUCAAAUCCUUUCGUUGGUCUGGCCUUCAAACUGGAGGCAGGCAGGUUUGGCCAGCUGACAUAUGUGCGAGUGUACCAGGGCUGUCUGAAGAAGGGGGAGUACAUCUACAACACACGCACGAGCAAGAAAGUCAGAGUUCAGAGGCUUGUGCGUCUUCACGCUGACCAGAUGGAGGAUGUGGACGAGGUUUAUGCGGGAGAUAUUUGUGCUCUGUUUGGGAUCGACUGUGCUAGCGGAGACACUUUUACAUCCAAGACCAGCGCUAACCUCUCCAUGGAGUCUAUUCACAUCCCCGAGCCGGUCAUUUCCAUGUCAAUUAAGCCAACCAACAAGAACGACCUGGAUAAAUUCUCCAAAGGUAUUAACCGUUUCACCAGAGAAGAUCCGACGUUUAGAGUGCAUUUUGACACCGAGAGCAAAGAAACCAUCAUCUCUGGCAUGGGCGAGCUGCAUCUGGAAAUCUACUCUCAGAGGAUGGAGAGGGAAUACAACUGUCCCUGUGUGAUGGGCAAACCCAAAGUGGCUUUCAGAGAGACGAUCACCAGUCCUGUAUCGUUUGACUUCACUCACAAGAAGCAGAGCGGUGGCUCGGGGCAGUACGGUAAAGUUAUUGGAGUCCUGGAGCCUCUGGAACCGGAGGAUUUCACCAAGCUGGAGUUUGAAGACCAGACUAUUGGAACCAACAUCCCAAAGCAGUUUGUACCAGCUGUUGAAAAGGGCUUCAGGGAGGCCUGUGAGAAGGGACCCCUGACCGGACACAAAAUCUCAGGCAUCAGAUUCCUCCUGGAAGACGGAGCUCAUCACAUGGUGGACUCCAACGAGAUCUCCUUCAUCCGCGCAGGAGAGGGCGCUCUUAAACAAUCUAUGGAGAAGGCCAACACGGCCGUCUUGGAGCCAGUCAUGUCGGUGGAAAUCGUCGCGCCUCAGGAGUUUCAGGGAGUAGUGAUCGCUGGUGUAAACCGCCGGCACGGUGUUAUCACAGGACAGGACGCAGCUGAAGGAUACUUCACUCUGUACGCUGAUAUUCCACUUAACAACAUGUUCGGCUACGCUACAGAACUACGCUCCUUUACUGAAGGGAAAGGGGAGUACACCAUGGAUUACAGCAGAUACCAGCUCUGCCUGCCAAGCACGCAAGAGGAGCUCAUCCACAAAUACUUAGAGGCUACGGGUCAGCUGCCGGCCAAGAAGAACAAGUGGAAGAGCUAAAAAGAGUCCCAACUGUUGGACUUUGACACAACCACCGUCCCUCAUCAUUAAUUGGCUUUAACUUGUGGAGCUGACAACUUUGACAUUUUCCUUUUGUUUUGUAGUUCCGUCUCCUUCAUGUUUGACCACUGUAGGAAACAUAUUUAUCACCUUGAUUUUAGCCCUAUUUGACCUCUUCCUGGCUCUACAGCUGAAAUGUGGUUGGUAAGGAAAGCUCUGUGUUUUGACUUGAGCUUGAAAUGGCUUUUGUACUAUGUACAGAACAGUCUUGAUGUAAUAAUGAUUGCAACAAAGAUAUAUAUAUCUGUCUCGACAACUUCU